GGUCCCAGCCCUGUCUCCUCCACCCCUAGGAUCAACACUCCCAGGAAGGAAGGGGGCUUGGGUCCCCUGAACAUCCCCCUGCUGGCUGAUGUAACCAGAAGUUUGUCUGAAGAUUAUGGAGUCCUGAAGGAAGAUGAGGGCAUUGCCUACAGGGGCCUCUUUAUCAUCGAUGGCAAGGGUGUCCUUCGCCAGAUCACUGUCAAUGAUUUGCCUGUGGGGCGCUCGGUGGACGAAGCUCUGAGGCUGGUCCAGGCCUUCCAGUACACGGACGAGCAUGGCGAAGAACCCAGCUGCCAUACCGUGAGGAAGCCCAAACCGCAGGGAGAGGACACGCCACAGGGAGAGGACACGUGUAGUGACGCUGGUCGGCAGCCCCAGCAGAGAUUCGAGGCAGAAGCCAGUGCCAGCCACCAGAUGUGA